GUCCUGCGGGGCGCGGUCCCGAAAGCCCCGUCCCCUUCGGUGGAGCUCGCGGGCAGCAGAGCAGAGGAGCGCUGGAGGAUGAGUGUGCGGCCUCUGGGAACCUCUACACGGUAAUGCCAGCAUGAUGUUUGACACACAGGGGAGAAGGUGCUGCCAUUGGAGACAGAAGCCAAGUGCCCUGCUGCUCCUGUUUACUUUAUGUAUUACCUGUGCUCCUCUCUCAGUGCGGGGAUGUGGCAACUGCAGACUUGUUCUGUCCAACCCUUCUGGUACCUUUACUUCUCCGUGUUACCCUAACGACUACCCUAACACCCAGUCUUGCUCGUGGACCCUCCGAGCCCCUACUGGCUACAUCAUUCAGAUAACAUUCAAUGACUUCGACAUUGAAGAAGCUCCCAACUGCAUCUAUGACUCAUUAUCCCUUGAUAAUGGAGAGAGCCAGACAAAAUUCUGUGGAGCAACUGCCAAAGGCCUGUCAUUUAACUCAAGCGUGAAUGAGAUGCAUGUGUCUUUUUCAAGUGACUUUAGCAUCCAGAAGAAAGGCUUCAACGCCAGCUACAUCAGAGUUGCUGUGUCCUUGAGGAAUCAAAAGGUCAUUUUGCCCCAGACGUCAGAUGCUUAUCAGGUAUCAGUUGCAAAAAGCAUCUCCAUUCCAGAGCUCAAAGCUUUCACGCUCUGCUUUGAAGCUUCCAAAGUUGGCAAUGAAGACGAUGACUGGACAGCUUUCUCCUACUCAGACCAGUCCCUUACACAGUUGCUCAGUCUUGAAAAGGUCAACAAUGGCUACUUUCUGUCAAUUUCUGGCUCAAGAUGCCUGUUGAACAAUGCAUUACCUGUGAAGGAAAAAGAGGACAUCUUCACAGAAAGCUUUGAGCAGCUCUGCCUUGUGUGGGAUAAUUCCUGGGGCUCCAUUGGUAUAAAUUUCAAGAAGAACUAUGAAACAGUGCCAUGCGAUUCCACCAUCAGUACUGUUGUACCCAAAGAUGGGACAUUGCUGUUGGGCUCCUACAGAGAUGAGAUCGCCUCUCUAAAGGGCAGCAUCUAUAACUUUCGACUUUGGAAUUUUACCAUGGAUCCAAAAGCUCUCUCUAACCUCACCUGUAGUGUGCCUGGGAAUGUCAUAGACUGGCACAAUGACUUUUGGAGCAUCUCAGCCCAGGCUCUGAAAGCUGAGAGCAACCUGAGCUGUGGUUCCUACCUGAUCCCGCUUCCUGCAGCAGAGCUGACGAACUGUUCAGAUCUGGGGACUCUCUGUCAAGACGGAAUAAUGUAUCGAAUAUCUGUUGUGAUUCACAAUGACUUUAAUCACCCUGAAGUAAAAGUGCAGACCAAAGUAGCAGAAUGGCUCAAUUCAACCUUCCAGAAUUGGAACUACACUGUUUAUGUGGUUAAUAUAAGUUUUCACCAAGACAUAGGAGAUGACAGGAUGAAAGUCAAGAGAGACAUCAUGGAUGACGACAAAAGGUUGGUGCUCUGGGCCCUUCUAGUCUACAAUGAUACCAAUAAUGUCAACCUGGAUGGAGUGAUGAUUGAAAAAAGGCUUUUAACAAACAACGCAUCACUAGAGGAUGGCCUGAGGCUGUGCAAAGUCGAUGUGAAGCCACUGGGUAUGUGUAGCGCCUUGGAGGAUCCAGAGGGCUUUAGGUGGCCAGCCAGCUUACCUUCUGUCUACAAACAACCAUGUCCAAACAAGCCUGGCUUUUUUGUGACUCGGGCAUGCCUUUCCAAUGUAACAUCAACCUUCUGGGGCCCUGUUGAUGCCUCCAACUGUUCAAGACAAUCAAAUGAAGUGGCCAAUGAAAUUCUAAACUUAACUGGUGAUGGGCAGAACCUAACCUCGGCUAAUAUCAACAGCAUUGUAGAACAGGUCAAACGGAUCGUGAACAAAGAAGAAAACAUUGACAUAUCCCUUGGCUCCACUCUAAUGAAUAUAUUUUCUAAUAUCUUAAGCAGUUCAGAUAGUGAUUUGCUUGAGUCCUCUACUGAAGCUUUAAAAACAAUUGAUGAGCUAGCCUUCAAAAUAGACCUGAAUAGCACCCCACAUGUGAAUAUUGAAACACAGAAUUUGGCCCUUGGAGUCUCAUCCCUGAUGCCAGGAACAAAGGCACCUUCAAAUUUUAGCAUUGGCCUUCCAAGCAAUAAUGAAUCAUAUUUCCAGAUGGACUUUGAGAAUGGACAGGCAGAUCCAUUGGCAUCUGUGAUUUUGCCUCCAAAUUUGCUUGAGAAUUUAAGUCCUGAGGAUUCUGUAUUGGUCAGAAGAGCACAGUUUACUUUCUUCAACAAAACUGGCCUUUUUCAGGAUGUUGGAUCUCAAAGAAAAAUCCUAGUGAGUUAUGUGAUGGCAUGCAGCAUUGGAAACAUUACUAUCCAGAAUCUGAAAGAUCCGGUUCAAAUUAAAAUCAAACACACCAGAACACAGGAAGUGCAUCAUCCUAUCUGUGCCUUCUGGGAUCUGAACAAAAACAAAAGUUUCGGGGGAUGGAACACCUCUGGGUGUGUUGCCCACUCUGAUUCAGAUGCUGGUGAGACCAUCUGUCUGUGUAACCACUUCACUCACUUUGGAGUUCUGAUGGAUCUUCCAAGGAGUGCCUCACAAAUAGAUGGAAGGAACACGAAAGUCCUCACAUUCAUUACCUAUAUUGGUUGUGGAAUAUCUGCCAUCUUCUCGGCCGCCACUCUCCUAACAUAUGUUGCUUUCGAGAAGCUGCGCAGGGAUUAUCCCUCCAAAAUCCUGAUGAACCUGAGUUCAGCCCUGCUCUUCCUAAACCUCAUCUUCCUCCUGGAUGGCUGGAUCACUUCCUUUGGUGUAGCCGGGCUCUGCACAGCGGUGGCUGCCCUGUUGCACUUCUUCCUCCUGGCUACCUUCACCUGGAUGGGGCUGGAAGCCAUCCACAUGUACACUGCCCUUGUGAAAGUGUUUAACACUUACAUCCACCGGUAUAUUCUAAAAUUCUGCAUUAUUGGCUGGGGUCUGCCAGCCUUGGUGGUGUCAAUUAUUCUAGUGAGCAGAAGCCAAAAUGAAGUGUAUGGAAAAGAAAGUUAUGGGAAAGAUCAGGAUGAUGAGUUCUGCUGGAUUCAGGAUCCUGUGGUAUUUUAUGUGAGCUGUGCCGGGUACUUCGGAGUCAUGUUCUUCCUGAAUGUUGCCAUGUUCAUUGUGGUCAUGGUACAGAUCUGUGGGAGGAAUGGAAAGAGAAGCAACCGGACCCUGAGAGAAGAGGUUUUAAGAAACCUACGCAGUGUGGUCAGCCUGACCUUCCUGCUGGGCAUGACAUGGGGUUUUGCUUUCUUUGCCUGGGGACCCUUAAAUAUUCCUUUCAUGUACCUCUUCUCCAUCUUCAAUUCAUUACAAGGUUUGUUUAUAUUCAUCUUCCACUGUGCAAUGAAGGAGAACGUUCAGAAACAGUGGAGACGUCAUCUCUGCUGCGGCAGAUUUCGGCUAGCAGACAACUCGGAUUGGAGUAAGACAGCUACCAAUAUCAUCAAGAAAAGCUCCGAUAACCUAGGGAAAUCUUUAUCUUCAAGCUCCAUUGGCUCCAAUUCAACAUAUCUCACAUCCAAAUCUAAAUCCAGCACCACUACCUACUUCAAAAGAAAUAGCCACUCAGAUAAUUUCUCCUAAGAGAAUUCCUUCAACAAAAGUGGAGCAUUCAGACAGCACUUCCAUGGACAAGUCACUGUCAAAACUGACCCAUGCUGGUGGAGAACAGACGUCAAUCAUCCCCGUCCAUCAGGUUAUUGAUAAGGUCAAGGGUUACUGUAACGCUCGUUCGGAUAACUUCUAUAAAAAUAUCAUCCUGUCAGAUGCCUUCAGCCACAGCACAAAGUUUUAACGUCAUUGAGAGGGGCAGCAGAGAGAAAAGAAAACCUGUCUGGAGAAGUGUGGUUGGUGCUCCACAAGCAGCAAAAGCUGUUCCCCGGGGGGGUGUCAGUGUGCUGCUCCCUAGGAAGCUGCAGAGCUUCGAGGACUGGCUGCAUCUUGUUAGGCAAGCAUCUGUGAGAUGCAGAACUCAUCUGUUUUGGAAUACUUCUGUGGACAAGCUCAGUCACCACACUUCAGAACUGAGAAUACUCUAAGCCCUGCAAGGAUACAGGAUUUUCUAGAAUGUAAUGGAAUCAGACUCAUCAGAAUGAGGGGAGAGGCAUUAAAAUUAGAGGCCAUGAGAGGAAGAACCCCAAGAAGAAAUUUGAGUUUAGGUCUCAUAUACCACACCUCAUAGGUAGGCUCAGAUGUGGCCUGACUCUCAUAAAGUGUAGAAAACACACUAAUUACUGUUUGUAGUGACUUUGGAUUCUCGCGGGUUCUGUUCCAGUGCUGUUUUCUAUGAAUAUAGCAGCAUCUUUUUUCCUUUUUUCAGUGAAAUUUCAACCAUAAGUAGAAAAGAACGUUUACUAUUUGACCCACAUAUUAAACAUACUUUUUUCCUCUGUUGUGGCAACUAUUGGAUGUUCGUGAACAUAACUUGCUAAACAAGUAUCUCAAAAUUUUGAUCGAGUCAAUAUGUUGUGUGAAUUUCUAAUAUCUUAAGACAAGGAACAGCUUAAGCAUCACAUUAUCGCACGCACAUAAAUAAAUCUAGCUGAAUGGAGAUAUGGCAUUCAAGUGGGCCUCGUGGAAUUUAAGAACAAGUACCUCUGCCGUCCCCCUUCACUGUGCAAAUAGGGCCACAGGCUCGUUUGAGGGAUGAGAAUUCCCGAUAAGCCCUCUGCAGGCAAUGGCCUCUCACUGUUUAAAGAACACACUUUUGAGACUAUGUGGGCCUUGUUUUAAUCAUUUUUAAGACAUUCCAAAUCACAUCAACUUCAGAGGCUUCUGGCUCCCCCUAGUGACAAUUUUGUUCCAAGGAACAUACACUGAAGCAUACAGCUGUCUUGGUUAAUGAAAAUACUCUAUAAAUAUGUAGGUCUACAUCUGCCAGUCUAAAAACUGUUUGCACUGAGCCUCCCCGGUCAGAGUGUAUGAGACCCAAAGGAGUGCUGGCAAGACUUACUACUCUAGUGUAAUAUGUAUGGAUCAGACUGUAGCCUGCAAGUCAUGCAGAACACAGAGCAGUUACCUAUCUCCUAAACUACCCUAAGCAAUGUGUGCUUCCUUGUGAAUGAGGGUUGACCCUGAGUAAUGGAAUCCUAUUCACUGACCUUAGUGUAUGCUGGCUUUGGCCUUGCUCAGGGUUCUCUGGGAAGUUUCAGAGUUUUCCACGAUAGCACAGUGAUGCCAGAGGGAGAUUCUAGCAGAGCCAGCCUGUUAGAAGGCAGAAGCCAGAACAGAACAUCUGUGCAGAAAAUAGGCCAUUCUCAGCUAUGACAUAGAAGGACUUGCGGGCUUUGAAACAGCCAACAGGUCCUCUUCGCUCUCUGAUUGUCAGUCACAAAGCUAUUGCCAGGCUGCAAAAGAUGUCAAUAGAUCAUGGCAAUGGGUUGUUACUGCCGUUCAUUCUGUAGCAACCUGGACUGCCAUCUUGGUAGACCUGAACUUUGCUGGGCCUGGUUUUCACAAAAAAAGGAGGCCAUGUAAGAGAAAGGGAUACUGACUUAGUCUUAAGGUGACUAAGAUUCACCUCAGUAGAGCCAAUCCUUUGGUGGUGGUGGGGACUUAUAUUAGCAAGCUGCUCAUUGUACCAGAGGAUACAUAUAGGUAGAAUUUAAUCUCAAUAGACACUGAAUAUUGAUAUAGCACCCCGAAACUUAGGUGUUCAUGGUAGAUUUUAGUUAGCUGUGAGAUUUCUGCACAAAGUGAAUAUUUAGCUAAUGGAAAUGAUGAUUUCACUGCAAAAAGUGGCUUUGCUCCAUAUUUCUUCUUACCAGCAUUCAGAUCUGAGAAAAUCUUUUUUUUUUUAUUUUUUCAUAUUUGGCAAUAAUGUCAUCUCCAUUUUAAAAAUCUUCAAUAACCAGGUAAGAAAAGAAAAAAAAAAAUGAAGAAACGACAGACUAGAGGAUUUUGCAAGUGGAUUUUAGGAUUGGUCCACAUUUUGCCUUCAGUUCCAAGUCUGUGGCUCUCAUUUGUCUCCUCAGACAAAUGGGACAGGAUUCCUCAGGAGAGCCAGAAUUCUGGCUCCACACAGCUAUAAAACAACACCAAUCCAGACUCUGGUCACUUGCUUCCCACCCUCUCUUUUCCCUGAGUUGUGUUUGAGUUUUAGCCUACGGUCCCGAGACAACUCCAUUCUUGUCACUGUUUCUUACUGUGUAGAAUGCCUUUGGCAGUGUCUCCUCUGUACAUAUUUAUUUAUUUGUGUUCAUGUCAAGUGGUUUCAUACCUUAGCUUUCUUCCACCCAGCUUUAUUAUUUUAAUUAACAGCCCAUUAGAAAGACUGUAUUUUUUUCUAGAUAAAAAAAAAAAAACUGUGAAACAGUUUUCUGUAGUGAUAUCGUUGAAUACAACAGAAAAAAGCAACUGUGAGAGCAAACUAGAACCAGUAGUGAGAAACUGCUAAAGCUAAUUUGCCAUUUUACUGAAAUGGAAAAUGAUUUUUUUUUUCAAAUAAAUACUUACAUUGUU